UAUAUCUCUUAAUUUUGACAGUUGUAAGAGCGGGAUUUUGAUAUUUCUCUUUAAAUCAACGUAGUCAUAUUUGCACUUGUCGAAAAGAGUGGAGUUUAACAAUUAUUUUAUCACUUAUAUAAACUUUAUAUUUUACAGCAAAAUUAAAUGGUAAUUAUAGUUGAAAUUUGAUUUUAUUUGCGAUUAUAAAGGAAUGGUAAGAAUGAACACUAGGUCUUCGAUACGACUUUCCGACAAAAAUAAAACACAAUUUAGGAAUCAAAAUUGGAUAUAUUAUUAUGAGAGUGAUUCUAGUUCCGACGAACUGUCAAAACCUCCUCCUAACCCUAGAAAAAGUAAAUCAAAAACAAAUUCUUGUACUGGAACUCCACCAAAACAAAAGAGAUUAGAAACAAGUCCAAAUGUAGCUACACCAACAACAAAUACUCCUUCAUUAGAACGAUUAAGUAUUAUAAGCCCCACAAAACCCAAAUCUAGUAGAAAAACUUUAUUCAAGGAAAAUGAAUCUACAAGUACUAAGAAAAAUGGAAAAGAAAUAGAUGCACCUGAUGAUAGUAAUAAAGAAGUAGAAAUACCAAAGAAUGUAACCUUAUAUCAAAGUGCCAGACAAGCACUUCACGGAACUUUACCAAACGAAAUGCCAGGAAGAGAAAGGGAACUAAGCCAGUUGAGGGAUUUUAUAGUACAACAUAUUGAAAACAGUACCUCAGGUUCUCUUUAUAUCAGUGGACCACCAGGCACGGGAAAAACUGCAUCUUUAAACAUGAUACUCCAAGAUAACCAUAUUUCUUCUAGUGUUGAUAAUGUAUAUGUAAAUUGUACUGCAAUUAAAUCUCCCACAGCUAUCUAUUCAAGAAUAUGUAAGGAAUUGAAUAUUAAAGUGAAUGGCAAAAGUGAAAAAGACCACUUACAACAGUUGGAUAAAUAUUUAAAAAAGAAGCAUAAACCUAUUUUGCUAGUGCUGGACGAAAUUGACCAACUAGAAAGCAAAAACCAAUCGAUCCUGUAUACAAUAUUUGAAUGGCCCUCUAAACAAAACGCUCAAGUAUUAUUAAUAGGAAUAGCAAAUGCUCUUGACUUAACUGAUAGGAUUCUUCCAAGACUUCAGUCGCGCUGUGAGCUAAAACCUAAUCUAAUGCAUUUUGCUCCAUACACAAAGUCACAAAUUGUUGAAAUUUUUACGUCAAGAUUAAGGUCAGCUGGUGUAUUGGAAAUAUUUUCAACUCCGGCAGUACAAAUGUUAGCAGGUAAAGUAGCAGCAGUAUCUGGAGAUGUCAGAAGGGCGUUAGAUAUAGGAAGAAGGGUAGUAGAAUUAGCCGAACAGAGUAAAAAAAGUGGGGCUUUAAAAGCAGUAGAAAACUUGGCAAAUCAACUAGUAGAAGAAGAAUUAAAAACAGUGGAUCUUAAACAAGUAUUGAAUGUUUUAAAUAAUAUUUAUGGUACAUCUCAAAACCUGGACGACAAGGGCGACGAAUCCUUUCCAUUACAACAAAAAAUAAUUGUGUGUUCUUUGUUAUUGAUGUUGAAGAAAAGUAGUAAUAAGGAUAUUACAGUAGGAAAACUACAUGAAGUAUACCGUAGAGUUUGUGAUAAAAGAAAAAUUAGCUCUGUCGACCAAGCAGAAUUUGUGGGAUUAUGCUCAUUAAUAGAGACGAGAGGUAUGAUAAGUAUUACUGGAAAAAAGGAACCGAGAUUGAACAAAGUUAGCUUGGUGUGGGAUCGGGAAGAAGUUACAAGUGCUUUGAAAGAUAAACAGUUGAUUUCAGAAAUUUUACAGGAUGAAUCCUGUUUGGGAAAAUUUUAAAGUAAAUAAUGUUUUAUUUUUAAAGAUUAUGACAUACUGUUAGUAUUUUCAAGGGCCCACAUUAAAUAUUUAAUAGUUUGACAUAGGAAUUAGCAAUUCAUUAGCUAAUAAUGGCUCUAAUGAGAAAGCAGGUACUAGUACGACAACCUUCCACCUAUUAAGUAUUUUGUGUAUAUCAUUGGAAAAGUAUAGUAUACAAAACAUGGCAGAAACUGUAUAUUUCAUACUUGUGCGACAAGAUGAUAAAUAAGAGUUUGAGUAUAAUCAUCUUGUCACACAAAUAUAAAAUAUCCUAUUUUUAUAUAAAUAUUUUAAAUGACAUAAGUGUAUCAAAUAAUUACUUUUAUAAUUCAAAUUUUGUUACUAUUUUAUUUUUACAACAUAAUUAGAAACAAUAUAACCUUUAUUAAAGAACUGUAUAAAUUUUAAUUUAUUUUUAAAAAUAUUUUAGCUAAAUUGAUUGUUUAGUUUAGCUUUAAAAUUAUAAUUUGAACUGAU